GUCAAAACCCUCCCCAUCUACCCAACCACCAGCAAAUGGUAGAGAAAGCACAGAUUACAGAACCUUUUCCUUUCCAGUACUGCCUACAAUUACAAACUAGAACGACCAAACAUUUGAGCAAAGUCCACCACCAACAUCAUUUUUCACUCUUCCUCUUUUGGAAUUUCUUUCCGCAACUCUCAUAACUUUUUUCACUCUGUUUUUUCUUCACCCAAAACAACAGCAACUCAAAAAAAAAAAAAAAAUGGCGUUUUGGUGUUGCUCUCCAAGAUUCCUUAUUUUCCUCUUCCUCGUUUCGGCAAUUCCCAUCGCUUACAUCAUAUCUGAAGAACGUGUCAAGUCUCACAACCAUGUUUUCCACUACCACAGCGCUGGCUUUUUCCGGGAGUGCGCCAAGUGGGAUGAUCAGGGCCGUCGAUUCCUUGUUACUUUCUUGGAAGGUGGCGUCGGUGAAAUCCAUGUUCCCGACGAUUACACCCGCGAUGUCGUAUUGAAAGAGGUCACAGUGGUCAAAGACUUUGACUUAACCGGAAACGCUUCCCUCGGCAUCGCUAUUGAUCGCCCUAGAAAUCGGCUUCUUGUGGCUGUAGCCGACUUGCUCCGCAACCGAUACAGUGGUCUAGCAGCUUAUGAUUUGUCCACGUGGAAGCGCCUGUUUCUAACCCAGCUCAGCGGCCCUAGUGAUGAGAAGUCCUUCGCGGAUGAUGUUGCUGUAGAUGCAGAUGGUAAUGCGUAUGUUACUGAUGCCAAAGCCAGUAAAAUUUGGAAGGUUGGUGUCGAUGGUGAGUUCUUGUCUAUCCUCAGAAGCCCACUCUUCACUCCAAAAGAGUGGUACAAAAGCUUGGUUGGAUUGAACGGAAUCGUUUACCACCCAGAUGGCUACUUGAUAGUAAUUCAUACUUUCAGUGGCAAUCUGCUUAAGAUUGAUCUAGCCAAGGGAUCAGAGGAAGUGAAGUUGAUUGAAGUUGGUGGAGGUCCACUAGCAUUUGGUGAUGGUCUAGAGCUAAUUUCUCCAACUAAGCUUAUAGUUGCAGGGAACCCUUCUGGGAGAUUGGUAGAGAGCUUGGACGGAUGGGAGACGGCUUUAGUUGUGGCAAAGUUUAAGGGUCCUAUGCAUCGUUUGGCCACGGCGGCGACUGUGAAAGAUGGGAAAGUUUAUCUCAACCAUAUGGUUGGUAUGGGGUACCCCAAGAAGACACAUGCCCUUGUUGAGUUUGUACUCUAAACUUGAAAAUGAAUUAUCGUAUUGGCAAAUGAACUUGCAGUUACGGGAUAUAAUUAAUCGAAUGGAAAUUGUUGUUUUCAGGGUUUUCACGUUUUAUUGUAUCAAAAAAUGGA